CCUUUGUAGCUAAAGGCUGCUUGGCCUGGUGGAAGGGAUGGUCUUCAAAUCUUGUGCAGGCCCGAGUCAGAGGGGCAGGGUCCUGGGACAGCACAGUCCUGACUCUGAAACUGAAAGAGGGCAGAGGGGAGGCAGAAGAGCCAUCAGGAUCGUGGGGCCACCUCCACACAGAGCCCAGGAGGAGGCCACUGACAGUGGAGGAAGUGGAAUUAUUGCACACUGUGCAUUUCGACAUUGGGACUCAACCCUCAAGAAGGAAAACCAAGUGUGGGGGUGCAUGGUGCCAGGGCUGAAGAGAUGAAAAGGAGGGGUCAGAGGGCCAAACGGUAACCACCGUUUUGCUUGCCCGGCUGGCACUUAUCCUGGGCUGGCCCUGGCACGGUAGAGUUCGCUGUUCACACCAACAUCAGGGCCUGUGGCUGGGACAAGUUCUCCUGCUGUGUUCAUUCAAGAUGAUGGAUUUGGACGUGCUUCUAUGAAGAAAUGCUACGUAUCUCAACUGGUCCAAGAACAAACAUGUCCAGACUACUGCCACCUUAGGGGACUAGGGCUUGGUGACUGCGCUUCCCGGGGAAUCAGGCGUGGUCUGACCCAGGAACAGGAAGCACAUCGUCACCAAUGACAUCAUGACGGCAAGAGAGCACAGCCCUCGCCAUGGCGCCAGGGCCCGUGCGAUGCAGCGGGCUUCCACCAUUGAUGUGGCAGCCGACAUGCUGGGCCUCUCUCUGGCAGGAAAUAUACAAGAUCCAGAUGAGCCCAUUUUAGAAUUCAGCUUAGCCUGCAGUGAGUUGCAUACGCCAUCGCUAGACCGAAAACCAAAUAGCUUUGUAGCAGUGAGCGCCACCACCCCUCCUCAGGCCUUCUGGACGAAACACGCACAGACGGAGAUCAUCGAGGGAACCAACAAUCCUAUAUUCCUAAGCAGUAUUGCCUUCUUUCAAGACUCUCUUAUCAAUCAGAUGACACAAAUCAAACUCUCCGUGUAUGAUGUCAAAGAUCGAUCUCAGGGAACAAUGUAUUUACUGGGCUCUGGAACAUUCAUUGUCAAAGAUCUGCUCCAGGACAGGCAUCAUAGGUUGCAUUUAACACUAAGAUCUGCGGAGAGUGACCGUGUGGGUAACAUCACCGUGAUCGGCUGGCAGAUGGAGGAGAAGUCAGACCAGCGGCCCCCUGUGACCCGGUCUCUGGACACCGUCAAUGGGAGGAUGGUUCUCCCCGUUGAUGAGAGCUUGACAGAGGCACUGGGAAUCCGAUCCAAGUAUGCUUCGUUGCGAAAAGACACCUUACUGAAAUCGGUGUUCGGUGGUGCCAUCUGCCGCAUGUACCGGUUCCCCACCACGGACGGCAACCACCUGCGGAUCCUGGAGCAGAUGGCGGAGAGCGUGCUCUCUUUGCACGUGCCCCGGCAGUUCGUGAAGCUCCUGCUGGAAGAAGAUGCGGCCAGAGUGUGUGAACUGGAGGAGUUGGGGGAUCUGUCCCCUUGCUGGGAGAGCCUCCGGCGCCAGAUUGUCACUCAGUACCAGACCAUCAUCCUCACGUACCAGGAGAACCUGACUGACCUCCAUCAGUACAAAGGUCCCUCAUUUAAAGCGAGCAGUUUGAAAGCAGAUAAAAAGUUAGAAUUUGUUCCCACAAACUUGCACAUACAGAGGAUGAGAGUUCAAGACGAUGGGGGGUCAGAUCAGAACUACGACAUCGUCACCAUCGGAGCGCCGGCAGCACACUGCCAAGGUUUUAAGGCAGGAGGUCUCCGCAAAAAGCUGCACAAAUUUGAAGAGACCAAGAAGCAUACACCAUCCAGCUGCCAGUCCAUAAUCUACAUACCACAGGACAUCAUCAGAGCCAAGGAGAUCAUUGCCCAGAUCAAUACCCUGAAAACCCAAGUGAGUUACUAUGCAGAGCGGCUCUCAAGGGCGGCCAAGGACAGGUCUGCCACUGGCCUCGAAAGAACCCUCGCCAUUCUGGCAGACAAGGCCCUCGCCUGGGGGCUCAGCGGCUUUGGUUUGUGCAUACUGCAGACCCGGCAGCUGGUCACCGUGUGCGACUGCAAGCUGCUGGCCAACUCCAUCCACGGGCUGAACGCGGCACGACCCGACUACAUUGCCUCCAAGGCCUCCCCCACGUCGAGUGAGGAGGAGCAAGUGAUGCUUAGGAACGACCAGGACACCCUCAUGGCCAGGUGGACGGGGAGGAACAGCCGGUCUUCUCUGCAGGUGGACUGGCACGAGGAGGAGUGGGAGAAAGUGUGGCUGAAUGUGGACAAGAGCCUGGAGUGCAUCAUUCAGCGGGUGGACAAGCUGCUGCAGAAGGAGCGCCUGCACGGCGAAGGCUGCGAGGACGUCUUCCCAUGCGCAGGCAGCUGUGCCAGCAAGAAAGGUAACCGGAACAGCCACGCCUACUGGAUCAAACCGGAAGACCCCUUCUGCGGUGGCCCCUCCCCACCAUGCCCCUCCACCAUCUGCUCGAUGCCGUCCUCACCUGCAUGCCAUCCUCACCUGACCACACAUUGCAGCCCCCCUCCUGACGAGUCCGGCCCAGGUGAAUGGAGCGAGGCGCUUUACCCCCUGCUGACCACCCUCACAGACUGCGUGGCCAUGAUGAGUGACAAGGCCAAGAAGGCGAUGGUCUUCCUGCUCAUGCAGGACAGCGCCCCCACCAUAGCCACAUACCUGAGCCUGCAGUACCGCCGCGACGUGGUCUUCUGCCAAACCCUAACUGCUCUCAUCUGUGGCUUCAUCAUCAAGCUGAGGAACUGCCUGCACGACGACGGCUUCCUGCGGCAGCUCUACACCAUCGGGCUGCUGGCCCAGUUCGAGAGCCUGCUGAGCACCUACGGUGAGGAGCUGGCCAUGCUGGAGGACAUGAGCCUUGGAAUCAUGGACCUGAGGAACGUGACCUUCAAAGUCACUCAGGCCACAUCUAGUGCAUCGACUGACAUGCUGCCUGUCAUCACGGGAAAUCGUGAUGGGUUUAACGUGCGGAUCCCUCUGCCGGGCCCCCUGUUCGACGCCCUGCCCCGGGAGAUCCAGAGCGGCAUGCUGCUGCGGGUGCAGCCCGUCCUCUUCAACGUGGGCAUCAACGAGCAGCAGACACUGGCCGAGAGGUUUGGAGAUACGUCUUUACAAGAAGUUAUUAAUGUGGAAAGUUUGGUGCGGUUAAAUUCCUACUUUGAGCAGUUUAAGGAAGUUUUGCCUGAGGAUUGCCUACCUCGAUCUCGGAGCCAGACGUGCCUGCCGGAGCUGCUGCGUUUUCUGGGCCAGAACGUACAUGCCAGGAAGAAUAAGAACGUCGACAUUCUCUGGCAAGCCGCUGAGAUCUGCCGCCGCCUUAACGGGGUCCGGUUCACCAGCUGCAAGAGCGCCAAGGACCGCACGGCCAUGUCGGUGACGCUGGAGCAGUGCCUGAUCCUGCAGCACGAGCACGGCAUGGCCCCGCAGGUGUUCACCCAGGCCCUGGAGUGCAUGCGCAGCAUUGGAACACGGGAGGUAGUCACCCAGAAGAACUUGAGCGGCCUGGUGCCCAUCCGAGACUUAAGACUAGACCCCAGCCUCCUCUGUUCCAUCCCUUUGUUAGCCCUGAGCCCCAAUUUACUGAUUGUGUGGCUCUUCCUGAGCAUAGCAUACCUGGUGACCAAAUUGCGUUGUAAAUGAGUAUCAUUGCGAAAAGUCAGUACUAAGUCACAAGAAAAACAAAAGUGCCAGAUUAUGUCCAGCCACCUGUGUACCUAACUGGACAGAAGGAAUGUGUCAGAGCAUGGUCUGCCAAGAAAUAUUUCAUGCCUUACAGUUUGACGUUUCAUUGUUCUGAACUGUAAAUACCUGCCAAAUUAUUUCACCGAGAGGACUCGUGCGUUUAAAUUCCAUCGAGUUUUCAGUGCUUGUAACACGUUCUUACAGUGCCCUGUCACUGCAUUGUUUAGCUGGCCUGGAGUUACUUGUACCAAAUCUCUCAUCUUCUGAUGUAAAGCUGUUUAUUACCUGUAUAUCUCCUGUGCCCUGUUUCUGAGAGAAGGGGAUUCUGUCUGAAGAGAAUUUGUAUAUUUGAUACUAUUCUUUAAUGUACCACUAACCUUUCCUUUCCUUUUGAAGAGAAACGAAAAGGAUAGAUGGAUGCUUUAUAACCGGCUCAUGUAGGUCAACCUAUUGAAUAGGACAUGUACCUUCUUCUGCUUUCAUUUCAAAGCGUAGCCCCUGAACUCACAGUAGCAAACACUUUGCAGAACCGUACCAUUCCUCGCUCGUGUUUAUGAUUUCCAGUUUGAGACAACACAAAGCUGUGACCGCAGUUGCCCAUUGUACCAAGUCAGGCACAUUAAAGUAACAUACUGCAUGUGACUUUCAAUUUACUCUUUGAAAUCUUUAAGGAUCACUAAACUGGUUACAGGAAUUAGUACAUAUAGGAACAAAAGGCUGUUAAAUACAUUAAUUUUUCAUGAAGCAGUAUUUUUCAUUUUAAAAACUCAUAUGUGAUUAAUAAUGAUAAUUCCGAAAGUCAAAAAAAAAAAUCCAAAAAUGGAAGCCUAACCUUUGGGCACUUGUGGCAGAUGGAACUGUGAGAGAGAAGGAGUUGCUUGGGUUUGUGCUAUUAGCGCUUUUCAUGUAACAUGGAAAUGCCCAGAAAACGAGGUGGUUCAUAACCUUAACUUUCACAUUUGGCAGAAGAGUAAUUGAAUGUCUGUAAAGGUAACGGAAUAAAUUAGGGGGAAAUUCCAUGGAUUCUGUAUAAGAAAUACUCAGUGACUUCUCUGUUUUCCACGGCAAACUAUGCCAUACUUCUGUUUUUGACCACCAGCUGGUUCCCCAUACACUGGAUUUUAUGAAAGUGGAUUUCUUUUUACUAGUCUAGAAAAACUGGAGUGAAUUUAGAGAAGCUGUCUUUUCCAGAAACUUUACACUCAUGUAUACACACAAACCCAGUCCUCCACAGAAUCUGCCCCCUCACUUGCCACCCCCACGAUGUCCAGAACUUACUCUGGGACUUCUCUGGUUUGGCAUCAGUUCUGAGUCCACGGUCUAGGAAUGGUAGAAGUGGUUAGAAACAAAUGACAAAUGCCAGACUCAGGCUUGAAAUUCUAAGGCUGCCAUCCUCACACCCCUGGGAGGCCCUUCAUUCCUAGAAUGGCUGAGCACCUGCAGGAGCCUUAGGGCAGGGUUCCUGCCUGUAGGGGAAGCCAGUCUUCUCAGGAGUGCCAUGUGGCCACUCUCUCUUUUCUAGAACAACUGAGGUGGCCAUUCUGAGACACAGUUCCUAACACUCCUCAGUAGGGAGUCUCACUGGCUGCCAAGUGACAGGUGGUGUUCAGUUGUAGUAACACAACACUAGUCACUGUCUGAUCCGUGAUUCUUUGAGAGGUAUGUUCACCUCCUGCCUCCUUCAAAUUGAGGUGCAUGCGUCAGCACUCCAAGAUUGGUUUAUAUACUUCAUUGGAAAGAGAGAAAGUGGAGUCCGCUGGCGCUUUCAGCUCCCAUUCCACAGCUUCCCAGUCCCUGCUCUGGUUCAAGUGCUCCUGAUGCCCCAUGGAGGUGACACGUGCCUGUGUCCACCACCUCCAGGCCUGGCAGAGACUAUGCACCCAUGAGGGAGGCCCCUCUGACUACAGAUGGCGCCCCUUCCACUCCCAGGCCCAUGGGUGUUGCUGUGCCACCCCCAGAAACUCCUCCCAGGACCUCCCCACCCGGCAAAGGGAGGCCCCUCCGAGCCUGCUCCUUGCUGUCAUGGUGCCAGACAGGCCUUCCUGCCCUGUGUUGAUUUGGCUGCCAGGUUGACAGAGAAAUAAGUUGGAAAGGAGAGAAGAUAAGGUUCUUUGCUUUUCUCUUCAGGGGCUGAGCCAAAAGGCCGUGCACUCUAGCUGUCUCCAGUCAUGAGGGUUAGCACAAGAAAGAACAUCAGGAGAUCAGCUUAGCCUCUGAAUUGUUGUCGCCAGUCUUUUUUCAGAGCUUCUGAGGAAAGAGACUCAUUGCGCUCGCCCUUUGUGCUGAACUUUAGCAUCACUAAGGCUUUUUCCUAGGAAAUCGGACUAAAUAUACAUCUGAAAAUCUUUUCUGUCCUAGUGAGAAAUAGGCUGGGUGAAACACACAUGGGAAGCUGGUUCACAAGAGGGGAGUCGGGUAUUUGGUGGUGGUUUUCAGGCUGCUUCUGAGAUGACACUAGCACCGAGCGGGACGUUGUCGGUGGCCACCAACACUAGCUACUCAGAGUCACUGAGACCCCGGUGCAUCCAGAUGGGUUCCAAAGUGGAAGAUCCACACCGGAAAGGGAGAACCAGAGGAAUCCCCAAAAUUAGUCAUCAGCUGGGUUUCCAUUCUAAUUUCUCAUUCAAAAAAUGGAUGUCCUUGAAAUAACUUACCUAUAGGAUAAAAAAUAAUGGUGGAGCUUUGAAACAGUUAAAUCCCUCUUUCUAAAAUCUAUCCAAGACCUUUUCAGUGUGUGCUGUUAGACACCUGGGAACUAUGCAGCCGAUGUGAUCCAUGAAGGUGUCCUACUUUAGGGACAGAAGGCUGGCCCCUGCGACAGGAAAUGCCAGUUAGCAGUGCACACUCUCUCCCCUCUGCAGACUUCAGUCUCACGCACUAGCACCCAAGCUUGUGCAAGCAAGUCACGACAGCAUCGGCGUGCUGUCAGCCUCAGCAGUCAGAUUUUGUAAAUUCAGAACAUUUGAGGGAAAGUAAAUACGACUUGUUUUAAAAAUUAAAUUUCAUUGAAAGGGUAAUCUUCAUUACAAUUUCUUGUGAUUCAUAUUUGGUCAGUUAAACCAGUAAUUAGUUUAACAUAUGUAAAUAAAAGGUAAUGUCGAAGUUGACAAAUUAUUCUUCUUUGCUUCUCCAAGCAGUUUGGCAUUUACUAGUGAUAGGUGGUCCUUGAAAAGUGUGUCUGUUUCUAUAUAAAUAGAGAAGCCAUAUCUGAAAUAGUUUGAUAAUGUGAGAACUUCCAAAGAUUAAAUAAGACUGUGCAUAGGAACCUAUAGCUUCUGCUUUAAAUGGAAUUAUGUUUUUUUCUGAUUAUUGGAUGUUAGACAAACAUGAUCAUUCUUUAAUCUAGGGGCUCCCUGCUUGUAUGUCCCAGGCGUUCAGCUCCAAUGACACGUCUCGCUGACGGCUUGAGGCUCUGGUGACAAGAAAGCAUAGCUGAGUUACUAAAUUACUUAAUAACAAGCAGGUGGAUACUUUUCUAAAAUACCUGAGCUUAUCUUUUGAAUAAAAUUACUCUUACCAAAAAUAUUUUACAUGUUCUUGAUAAUGAGACUGUCAUUUUCACUUUAAAAGGCCUGAGCAAUUGCCACUGAUAUUUUUUUAAAAUGCAUGACAUAAUGGUCUUCAUACGAUUUGAAAUAUUUUUUUUAAAUCACUGUUUCUUGGUAACUCCAAAUUUUACAUCUCAUAAUGGGGAUUUUUGUACUGAAUUUGAUAACUAGUCGAUUUAAUUGCUAGUCUAAGAAUAAUAUAAAAAUGUAAAGUUCUGUGCUUAUAGGAAGUCAUUUAUAUUUAGAACCGCUUAUGCCUGUUAAUUUGAUGUCUACAGCAGAACAUUUCCCAGAGAACUCCCCUGAUGCUCUCACUUGGGAAUGUGAGGCCUGCCUGAUGGCUUAUCCUCCUGUUCAGCAUUUGCUGUGCCUACUGGGUUGCCAUGACAACCCUCAUCCAGUACAGCUGGGGAUGAGACUGGGAGCGGGUUCUCUAGAGAAGGGCACCUGUGGGCUCUCACUGGCUUAGUGGCACGCCUGUGAGAGGUGACCACAGUGAGGACAGCCCACCUGGAGAAGGCUGCCACGGGGAGAUCUCAGUGGGAUCACUCCUUCUUGACACUUCUAGCCGCAACAGCUGUGCAGACCCAGCGUGCCACCAUUGCAUGGGCUCACUGAUUGCUCUGCGCCCAGGACCGCUGUCUCCUCAGUGCGGAUGGCCUGUUAGAGCAGCCUUCUCAGCCAGAAGGCUUUGCUACAUACUGAAUUCUGCAAGGAAAAUGAGCAUUUUGAAUUUGAGGUGAUUACUAGCCAUCGCUAACAUAGAAAAAUGCAGCUCUUGAAAAGCUUUGGUAAGAAUAGCUCCAUUUCUCGUUCCAUUUAAUUUGCGAUGUGACAGAACCUUUGAACCGCUAGUUAUGAUAGAAUCCUCAAAUUACUUGACAUGACAUACAUGAAAACCAUUCACUGAAAAACAGAAGUUUGCUUCUACUUAGAUACAGCGCUGCCUCUGGAAAUGCCAGACUUGCAGUCCCAUCCAGCAUGUGUCCAUGUCUGUGCUUCGUAGUUGCCUUCCUCGUUCAGAAGGCUGCCAUCUUGCGUGCAUAUUGCUGUAAAUGAGUCCGGCACCCAUUUGAAUUAAUCAACAUUUUUUUUAAUGCUAUGAAAAUAAUCAAUUCAUUUCAUCUUAGUUUAAGUCUUUUCUUUUUUCCUUUUUUACUGCUGUCAUUUCUUGUGCUUGUUUUUUUCCCCAGUGAGGGUUGUCGAAGAGAAAAUACAAUGAAGAAUGUUGGAAGUCGCAAAUAUGCAUUUAAUUCCCUGCAGCUGAAGGCUUUCCCCAAGCAUUACAGGCCUCCCGAAGGGACUUACGGAAAAGUUGAAACAUGAACACAUGGUU